AUGUCACAACCAUCCCGCUGGCGCCGUCCAGCCCAAAACUUCCCCCUAUUCCCCCAUCUCGCCAUCGUCCCUGCGCUCCUCGCCAUCGCCACCGCCGUCGCGCUCUUCCUCCACUCCGACGUCAACGCCGCGCUGCUCUGGUCGCAAUGCCACUCGCACGCCCUCCUCCCAGCCCUCAGCCGUGUGCCCAUCCUCGGCACCCCAGCCUGCUACCUCGUCAGCUUCUUCUACGCAGCGCUCGACUCCUUCCGCAGCAAGGCCGUCAUGUCCGUCAUCCUAUCCUAUGUCGGCGCCCUCCUAACCGUCUCGACCGUCGAGUCGGCGAGAAAGGUCAACGAGAAGAACGCCGUCGUCUCCAAGCCGACACUGCCGUGGCUCGUGUUCAACUUGCUCGGCGGCGCGCUGGUCUGGCAGCUCGUGUACGCGCCGGCCUUUAUUCUCGGUGCCAAGGCCUGGCCGUUCCCCAGCACAGGCAGGCUCAUCACCGACGAGGGCCACGGCGAUCCGCCUGUGGCCAGGGACGAGGAGGAGCGUGAUCCUCUGCAGCUGGACAAGGGGAGACAGAUGAAGCUGGUGGAGACGAUUGCUAUUCCCAUCGCCGUGGCGCUGGGGUACUACGUUCCGUCGACGCUGAUGCUGUCCCUGAACAAACCCGCCGCCAUUGGGACGUGGCUGUUCUUCCCGGCAUAUGUUUCUCUCAUCAGACAGUUUGUGCGGUAUAGCCUCAACAAACUGCGUCGGUUCCAGGACGGGCCCAUGAUCCACAUGGAAGCGAAUACCAAGGCCUUCAUUGCCGUCUACGCCGUGCCCGUCUUGUGCUCUCUUCUUGCGCACGGCUUCAUUAUUGGCAACUUGACGAAAGCAGAUGACCGUCAGGAAGUGACGCGCUCGACGGUCAAGUUUAUCGAGAUUGAUAGCCAGUUCAUCGGACUGACAAUGCUGUAUUGGGUGUUUACCGAAGUGGGCUGGAGGGCGCCUCUAGCCAUGGUGGUUGCGUCCAUUGUGCUGGGUCCCGGGGCAGGCACCGUGCUGGGAUGGCUGUAUCGCGAGAAGCUGAUUACUUCCGACAUGAUCACGCAGCUGCUUGAGCAGGUCAACGACGAGGAGCGCGGAGAUGUGGGUGAGGAGACGCCGCUUAUUCAGUAA